AUACUCUUUACAUAUGUCAGAGCCGAAAACGUUUGAAUUUGUUAUGUUUAAGAAAUAUUUCAAAAGCUUCCUCCGUGAUCCCGCCUUGACAGACGCGAUGAUCUCUGUUCUGUUGCAUCUCUCCACAUGUGUUUCACUCACAGCAUCACAGACAACUGAAGCACAUCUCCUCCUCUUCACUGCAAUUAACGCGUUUACGUCAGAUGAUGAUGAAGAUGAUGAAGCACUGACGCGCAGCUCUGCACGACAGACACCAGGAGCCCUGCUGGAGAGAGGUUUAGUGCCAUGUCAGACUAAUCUCUUUGGAGCAGUUCUGCCCAACAACCCCACUGAAACGCAUCUCCACCAUGGGGGACAGGCUGGGCCGCCCGACCCCUCUGUUAUCCCGUGGACGUACGUUCGGAUGGUCCACCUCCAGCAACAGCAUCAAACUAAAGAACUGCGGCCACAACGGCCACGACUUCCAGCACAGCCUGGAGGAGGCAGCAGUGUCCAGCGCUUCCCUCGCUGCGGCACACUCUCCUGUUUCACUGGAACUGAAGCCCGUGGUGAAUAAUGGAUCAAGCGCACCCGUCGCUCCAGGUGGCCACACAAAGGAUCCACCGGCGCACAGUGAGCGCUGCCAGCCCCUCUCCAUCUCCACCGUCCCGCUUCCCUCCGCCACCCGCUUCCCGCACAGCCCUUACCACGUCAAGACUAGCAUGCAGGGCGAUGUGUACAACUUCCUAGAGAGACCCGCCGGCCUGAGGUGCUUCCUGUAUCACUUCCUCGUGUUCCUCAUGGUCCUAGUCUGCCUGAUAUUCAGCGUCCUGUCCACCAUCGAGCAGUAUGCAGACUUCGCAACAGGAUCUCUCUUCUGGAUGGAGAUCGUGCUGGUGGUGUUUUUUGGGACGGAGUACGUGGUCCGGCUGUGGUCGGCCGGCUGUCGGAGCAAAUAUGUGGGUAUUAAAGGCCGUCUGAGGUUCAUCAGGAAACCCAUCUCCAUUAUAGAUCUGAUAGUGGUCGUCGCCUCUGUCGUGGUUCUGAGCGUUGGGUCUAAUGGGCAAGUGUUCGCCACGUCCGCAAUCAGAGGCAUCCGUUUCCUCCAGAUCUUGCGAAUGCUGCAUGUGGAUCGUCAGGGUGGAACGUGGAGGCUUCUGGGAUCAGUGGUUUUUAUUCAUCGGCAGGAGCUGAUCACCACGCUGUACAUCGGGUUCCUGGGUCUGAUCUUCUCAUCAUAUUUCGUGUAUCUGGCGGAGAAAGACGCAGUAGACGAGGAGGGGAAGACGGGUUUUUCUAGCUAUGCUGAUGCUCUGUGGUGGGGUGUGGUUACGGUGACUACGAUAGGCUAUGGAGACAAAGUCCCUCAGACGUGGAUUGGGAAGGCCAUCGCCUCCUGUUUUAGCGUGUUCGCGAUCUCCUUCUUUGCUCUGCCUGCGGGCAUUCUGGGAUCUGGUUUUGCUCUUAAAGUCCAGCAGAAACAGAGGCAGAAACAUUUUAACCGGCAGAUUCCAGCCGCAGCCUCUCUAAUACAGACGCUGUGGAGAUGCUACGCCUGCGAGAAGUCCGACGGCUGUACGGCCACGUGGAAGAUGUACGUGCUGACGGGUGACUACACCCCCAUCAUAAACUCGGAAAACUCCAGCCCGGGCAACUUCAGACGAUCAAAUGUUACAUGUUUUUCCCUUCACACAGGCAUCACAAAACUUUUCCGAUCAUCAGACCGCCAGCGCUCGUGGUCGGCUUUCGCUCUCAGCUGUCCUUCUUCUCCAGUUAAGAAAAAACUGGACGGCCCUGAUAUCUCACGCAACAACAGCCUGGUGGAUGAGCUGGACUUCACGGCCGAAGACAUCCCUCUUCCUGUGGUUACAGACGCUUCACAUCUGUUGAGAAGCCCGUUUGUGGCAAAGGAGGAAGAAUCAGUCUCUACUCAGCACCUGAAUACAACCAGACUUUCCCACGCACACAGAUCUGCCAUCAAGGUCAUCAGAAGGAUGCAGUACUUUGUGGCUCGACGGAAAUUUCAGCAAGCGAGGAAACCGUACGACGUGCGGGACGUGAUCGAGCAGUAUUCGCAGGGCCACCUGAACAUGAUGGUCCGCAUCAAAGAGCUCCAGAGAAGGUUGGAUCACACGUUGGGAAAACCGGGAAUGUUCCUGCCAGAGAAAGGUGUGGAUAAGGAACAUUAUACAGUGGGAGCCCGGCUCAUCCGACUGGAAGAUAAGGUGCUUCAGAUGGACGUGAAGUUGGAGAACGUCCUGAAGAUCCUGACGGCGCAUUUCCAGCCCAAAGCAGAGCUGCUGCAGAAACCCAGCCAGUGCAGCUCUCGCGUCACCGUCAUGAAGCGGCUGGGCGUCAGCAUGGACGAGAGCCAGUGACCCGCUCGCCACCAGAACUCACGCUAUGCAUUGUGGGAAGCGCGGUCCGAGAGGAGGAACUUGCGUUUCCUGUUCUGUCUAGGAAGUGAACAGGCGACCUGGAUGUCCCUCACAAUCUCCUAAACUGUCCGUCUCUAGUCAUUCGAUUGGUCACUGAGGGACUCGAGCGUCUGUGGGACCCGUUUCGGACGGUUUUCGCAAACCCAGAACAAAGGUUGAAAUCAUAAAUCACAUUUCCAACCACAACACGAUCCAGAGCCCGCAGGAACAUGAACACGGUGAGCGUGUGCUCGGGGGAUGAACGCCGCCGCUGAUGUAUGGCUGUGGUAGGGCUUAUCAAAAUAGCAAAACACCCAUGAUAGAUUAAUGAAGUGUAAUAGCGCACUGAGAAAGGAGGCCACUCACGGCUUUUGGCGUUUAGACGAGAGCCAAGACUCCCAGCAGCCGAUCUGUCAGGACUCCAGUCGUGUUUUUUCCCUCCGUUCGUUUGAGCGAAUCUCUGAUAAUUAAACGUCGAAAGGCGAGGCGAGUCGACGGGAAAAGCGGUUCAUUUUCAGAAACCGCAAAAGCCGUUUUGAGGAAGGAUCUGGCGUGAAUCUGUUCAUCCUGGAUCUUUUCACCAAACAUGUUCGUCUGUUGGCCGUUUGCCUAGUGCUGAAUUAACAUGGACAGGGUGUUUUUGUAAAGCAAAAAGCCACAGAGUAUGUUACAGUCAUGUACAGUAAGGGGUGUUUUUGGUGAAAUCACUGCAGCUUCAAGUGGCUUAUUGCUUUUAUGAAAUGCCGAUGACAGCAAAAUGGGGAAAAAAAAUGGAAAUGCUCAAUAUAUAGUUGAUAAAGAACAGAAUAACCAUUUUCAUAUGCACCACAAUUCAAAAG